AUGCCGGAGUCUCCCUUUUCCUUCCUUUCAACUCCCUUACCGAAAACGUUGACUAUGAAAAUUGCACUACGAAUGCAUAUAUGCAAGUACUUAGAGACCAGCAGCGAAACCUUUUGCAUUCGACACUUAAAUGAUUCCCCUACCCAGAGCGUUGAAGCAAAGGCCAGAGAAGAGCUGGCUUUAGCUCAGAAAGAGCUGGAGGAUAGUGAGGUAUCAGGUAUGAGAGCCAAAGCGCAACAGGCCACAGUAAACGCCCUUAAGUCUGUUCUCUCGCCUUUGCGACGUGUCCCCCCGGAAGUUCUCUUCGAAAUCGCGCUAUACUUCCAAGACGGCUUGCCAUGUCAUGAAAUAGAAAGUGAUCUGCAUCUCUGGACUACCGUCGCCAUCGAUGAUAUGAUGUGUGUCGGGGUCCGCCCUGAACCAGCGAACCGUGUCCUUGUCGAGUACUUGCGGAGGUCUGGGGAUCUCCCUCUUCGUGUCCAUGUCAAAUUUGAAAAUUAUUUUGACGACGAUGAACCUGUGCAUCAAGCGCUGAUCAACAUCUUCGCCUCCCAUUCCCAUCGCUGGAAGACAUUUCUUUUCACAGCUCCCGACUAUCUCUGGCCUAAUCUCUGCCAGGUUGGUGGACAUCUACCCAUCCUGGAACGCAUCGCGUGUCUCUCUACCCAGAACGAACCCCCCACGAACCUUGAUAUCCUUCUCCCAAUCUUUUCCGAUGCUCCACGGCUGCGACAUGUCGACAUUAACAUGAAUGCGCCGAUACCCUUCCUCCUUCCCUGGAACCAGCUAACACACUACCAUGAUAACCGCCACGGUUUCAUGUCACACCACAAGCUAGAAGAGCAGUUCUUUGAUCGGUGUUUGCACCUCCGCGAAUGCACUCUUUUAUCACAGUCGCCUGCCACGAACAAUUCUCGCACCUUGCUUCCAGACCUAUACUCCUUAACCUUGGCAUCAUCAGCGUCAUUGAAUGCCAUAACCGCCCCAGCACUUCAGUUCCUAAUGGUCCAUCAUGGGCGUCAAGAGAGAACCUUGGACAUAGGCAUCCUCUCCCGUUUCAUUUCCCGCUCCUCUUGCUCCCUUACAGCUCCCGUUUCGUUCGGGAGUAGGACCCUGGCCCGAUCUCGUAUUAAGAGCGGCGAGCUAGUUCCCAUACUGAAGGCGUCUCCCCAUUGA